AGUUGUUCUCUGUGCCAUUGCAGGUGAUGGGCAUGGUUCGUGUCCCCCUCUACACCCAGAAAGAUCGCAUGGGUGGGCUGCCAAACUUCCUGGCCAACUCCUUCGUUGGAACUGCCAAAUUCCAGCUGCUCUUUGCUCUGAAGAUCUUGAACAUGGUGCCGGAGGAGAAGCUGGCCGAGGCAGUGGCUGCCACACAGAAGCCGAAGAAGCCGGCGAUCGACCACGCGGCUGUGGCAGCAGCUAAGCAGGCGAACGAGCUGGCGGCGGCCGCUAGAGCAGGCAAUGAAUACGCAGAUAGCGGAGAGAACCAGGCAGCUGCGCACGCUGCGGCCGAGCUGGCAGAGCAGCAGGCGGCCGGGCUGGAGAGCCAGGCUGUGCUGGAGCAUCUGGCGGCCGUGCCAGGGGCUGAGGCCGUGGUGGCGGAGCUGCAGGCGCAGCCCGGGGCAGACACUGUGCUGGAGCAGCCGGUGGCUGAAGCCAUGGAGUGAUGCCACCGUGUUUGUAAUUGAUUAAAAGUGGGUGAGGAGACUAGAGACUUUCUUCUAACUUUCCAACCAGUUGCUGGCUGCGAGAUUCCACUGUGUAGCCAGGAGGGUUUGGAAUUGUCUGAAGCAGGGGAAAGCUAUGUAUUUUUAUGGCCAUUAAACUCUAGCGAGCUUCCCAGAUCAAUCUGCGCAGCCCCCUGCAGAGAGUUCAUGUGCUUAUGUGAAGGUGCUGAAGCCUUAGAAUUACGCUUUGAUUUCAGGGACACACUGCUGCUUUCAGGUCCCGGUUUCAUUUUUAAGGAACAAAACUUCUUAUUUUGAGAUGCCCUAUGUGGACUUGGACGCAGCUGUGUUUUGCAGUGGACACAGCUGAGGAAUAAGGCUGCUGAUAAAGCGCCUUUGCUGUUGUGGGCAGAAGGGCUCUGCUCUGCUGGCAGCAGCGAGGCUGGGCUCCCAUUGGAAUGCUGGUGCCCGCGGUGACUUGCACUGAAUUCCCUCUGGGGCACUGGGACAUAGUCGUGUGGGUUUCUAUCUGGAGGUCUGUGGGAGCAGGAAAGUGGAAUAAAUGGCUUUGCUGAA